GAGCCGUCGGAGAGGGGUUUCUUUUUGGGUCUCCACAUAAGGAACUUGUUUUUUGAACGUUUGAAAGAAUAAAAAUAAUAUCCUACUUCCAGGAACUGGAUUUCCUUCACGUCCACGCAGCUAGCGUGUGGCGGUCCCUGCUUUUAAAACCGAAUGAAAGAAGCUUGGCGUGUAGGUGCCUUCCCUGCCCGCCCUCGCUCUCUCCCCAUUGCUAACAAAGCCCUCCCGUCUCCCGCAGCCUCCUACGUGAUCACUGACCAGACCGAGCUGCGGAAGAUCAAAUGCAUGGAGAAGACGGGGAUCAGCAUCACCCGCGAGCUGAUGUGGUGGUGGGGUGUGAGGCUGGCGACCGUGCGGCAGCUGCUGGAGCUGCUGCAGGCACUGCAGCUCUACCGGGCGGCUCAGGUCAUCCUGGACUGGAUAUCACCCUCCAGCAUUACCACCUCUGAAAAAGAAGAGCUGGUAGACUCACCUAAACAGGAGAACGUAUCUUUAACUCCCACAGAAAACAAACACAAAGAGAGAGAAAAUGAGAUAAGUCUGUUGCCAUCGCCAGAGCCUUCACAACCAGGAAUAUCACCAGCAUGUAAUGCUGUUUCUGGAGGAACCUUGUAUUCACUUCCUUCUCCACCACCUCCCCCAAGAGACCUUUUGAAAUCCUUACAGUCAAAUCCUUCUGUCUCAUCAAGUGUGAAGCCCUGCAGCUCUUCCCCUCCUCAGCAGGAGACGAUGACUGAUCUCCCCAGUGGGAGCCUUUUGUGGACCCAGAAAGAAGUUACUAAUGCCACAGAUGGCUUCAGUGACAAGAGCAGAAUUUGUGAAGGCACUUUUGCAGAUGUCUACAAAGGUCAGAGGCACAACAUGGUGUAUGUCAUCAAAAGACUGAAAGAGACCGAAUGCACAAGCCCAAAUUCCACCCAAAGAUUUUUUCAUACAGAAGUGCAGAUUUGCUUUCGGUGUUGUCAUGUCAACAUUUUGCAGCUGCUGGGUUUCACAGUAGAAUCUGAGUUGCACUGUCUGAUAUAUCCAUACCUGCCUAACGGAUCACUACAGAACAAACUUCAGCAUCAAGACGAUUCUGCUCCACUGGCGUGGGAGACACGAAUUAGUAUUUCUGUGGGACUCAUCCGAGCUGUGGAGUAUUUACACAAUUUUGGAAUUCUUCAUGGGAAUAUCAAGAGCUCAAAUGUCUUGUUGGAUGAAAACUUUACGCCAAAGCUUGGGCAUUCAGGUCUGCGACUGUACUCUGCCGAUAAAAAGUCCAAAUAUACUGUGAUGAAAACCAAAGUCCUGCAAGCUUCUCUUACUUAUCUGCCAGAAGAUUUUGUCAGGCAUGGGCAGUUAACAGAAAAAGUUGACGUAUUUGGCUGUGGUGUGGUCUUAGCAGAGAUACUGACAGGGAUUAAGGCACUGGAUGAAGGAAGGAGCCCUAUUUAUCUGAAAGACAUGAUUGCCGAUGAAAUCCAACUGGCAAAAGAAAAAUCACACUCCAAAGUCAAGAAUUUGGAAAAGCUAGCUGCCAAGGAAAUAUGCUGUAAAUACCUGGACAAGAAAGCAGGACAUUUGCUGGAAGAGGUUGCUAUUGAUUUUGCCUCAGCCAUCUGCCUUUGUCUGAGAAAGAAGAAUUCUAACAUAGCAGAGGUGCUUGAAAUUACGGAAACAGCUGAAAAUAAAUUGAGAGAGCAUUACAUCUGUGGAGGCAGCACUUCUGGGUUUUCCGUGAAUACUCCAGAAGAAACUGAUGAUGAGACCACCAACCUCAGCAUGGAUGCCCCUUCUGCAGGGCAGAAUAAAGAGGACAGCACACAGCCCGUACUCCUGGCCAGUGGUGGUCAGUGCACACCUUCAGUAGGAGUCGUGCCACCUGACGCUCACUGUUUGCAGAUGUCACGGGUCCCUUGUGAAUCGGAUGAAUCGAUGAGUUUCAUCUGGAAUCCUGAAGAGAAAUCUACAGAUGAGCUAUUCAGCAACAACUGUAACAAUUCAGAAAAUACUCCGAGCUCUGACUGCAGGAUAAAGGAGAAAACAAAAGCAAACGGACUCCGGGAAAGAAAUGUAGUAUGCAUCAGAAGUGAUGACAACUUGGAAAUGGCUGCUACUGCACAAAGCACAUUUCAGUCAAAAAAUGCAGACCUUGACUCUGCAUGUUCAUCCCAAGCGUUAGCCAGAGAGGCAUCCUGGAAAAUAAAAAUAAAUGACCAAAAAAAGAAGCUAAUGGAAAAUAUUUUGCUGUAUGAAGAAGACAAAUUAAGCAGUUCUGAACUUUUUGAUUCUUAAACCAGAUGGAUUUAUUAGCUGUGACCAACUUACAAGAAGAAAUAAGGACUGAUUCUUCAUUAGAAAGAUGAUAAAAGUAUACCUCUCCUUGAAGUCUGAGUAGCAGAUUUGGAUCAGAAACAUUAUCCUUCUCUGAAGAAAAGUGAUGGCACUAAGAAACAGAAAAUAUCUUUCCAAAACAGGCUGAGGCUCAGCACAGCUCUGCCAACAGAAAUGCCUUCUUUCUUCUCAUCUGCAUUACAAAAAUAUUUAAGGUCCUUUUCUUGUGUAUUUCAAAAAGUAUCUGCAGAUAAUAGGUGUCUCAUUAAAAUACCACAGUCCUAGAAGUUACAGAGCAACCACUGAUCCACAAUUGGUUAGCAGUGCCCUUUAUUGUCAUUGCAUUGUAUAUGAAGAGACAAAUCUUUGAUAGGAGGUUUCAGUUUUCAAAUGAUCUAUUUCAUAUACUCUUUGGAUACCCAAAAACGCUCUGUUAGCAGAGAAGGGAAUUUCUAUGCAAGUUCUCAGAUAUAUUCUCUAUGGUCAAUCUCAAUGUGAAUUGCACUGAAAAUAGCUGUAAGACAGGUUGAUCUGCUCUGUGGGCUGCUGUACCAGCUAUAUGUGUUAUGUCAUGGAGGUCUAGGCAAGUUUCACUGUCAGGAGCUAUAGGACAGCAGUGAGCACUUCAUAGGGUGUCUCUGAAAGUUGUUUUUCUUCCUAAGUGUCCUUUAAACAUUGCUAAGGCUUCUCGUUGUGUUUCACCUGGUGACUACUAUACGUUUUGGGUUUUAAUUUAAAGUGUCCUCAAAUUUAUCCUCAAUCAGUUGAAAUUUGAUUAGUUGUAUUUAUUUUGGCAGUGGAUAAAACAGUACAGAUGACGUGGGCUGGCUCCUGCAGCCUCACAAAGCCAGCUGUGUUAUUCUUUCCUUUGUUCCAUGUUAAUCUUAGACAUAUUCUGAGGUAUGGAACCUUACCAGAUGUUUAUUAAGUGCACUAUAACACAGCUAAUAUUCUGCAUAGUCUUACAGUAAUGGUACUCUUAUGUUUGCUAUUUGAUAUAAUGUUUUAAUCUCAGAUUUAUACUUCAUUAAUAAGCUUGAGAAUAAAAAAUGGAAGAAGCCCUGUCUCUA